CAAAUGUCAAAAUAAGUUUGAGGUUACUCAUGUGUUGUACUGAAGUGUGUUAUUUUUAAACAAUUUAAAAUGGAUAUUGUAAAUGAAAUAUUGGAAAAGGAACAGAAGAAAUCUGAGAAGUAUAAACCUAUUACUGUAGAAAAACAUUUGGAAGUAGAACUUGAUUUAGGCACAUUACUAGCUUUUGACACAAAUGAUUUGGACACAAAAUUAUUGCAAUCAAAUAAAGAUGAUUACUUGCAGUCAUUGACUCGUGACAACACACAGCUACUAUUAAACAAGAUAUGGGAGCUCCCUACAGAACGGGUUGAUGAGGCGAUAGUUGUUAAGUUACCUGAACCUAAAACAGUGCUGCCUAGGGCUAAACCCUGUCCUAAGCCAAAGCCUCUCACGAAAUGGCAAGAGUUUGCCAAGUCUAAAGGUAUUACUAAAAAGAAGAAGGAUAAAUUACAAUGGGAUGAACAGCUGCAGAAAUGGGUGCCUUUGUAUGGUUUCAAGAAAGCUGCUGCAGAGAAAGAGAAGAAUUGGUUAAUAGAAGUACCCCAGAACUUGGAUCCCAUGACAGAUAUGUUUGAGAAAAAAGCUUCAGAAAAAUCAGAGAAAGUUGCCAAGAAUGAAUUGCAGCGGCUGAAGAACAUUGCCCGAGCUAGGAAAGUAAAGAUACCUAGAGUCGGCCUUCCUGUUACUUCUGACAAAGCUUCUGCAUCACAGUUGGAUACAGCAGCAACAAUAGCAAAGGCAUCUACAGCAUCACUAGGAAAGUUCCAAGAUAAGCUGCCUAAAGAAAAAGAGCCUAGAGGCAAAGGAAUCCAUGAACUUAUCCCAGGCAAGGAAAGGAAACGCAAACUUCCUAUACCUACACCGGCACAAGAGAGGGAAAACAAUUUAAAUAUGCUUGAUAACAUUCUGAAUAAGAGGCCCAAGAUUGAUAUGGACAAAGCUGUAGCUAAACAUAUCCACGAUGAACAAGUGAACCGUUCUGAAGAAAAGAAGAAUUCAAAACCAGCUAAAGGAAAGCGCAACUUCAAAGCAAAGACCAAGGGCGGUAAUCCUACCAACUUCACAGCCAAGAAACCCAAAGCCGGUAAAGGCCAGAGAAAUCCAGCUAAAAAGGCUGGCGGUAGAAAGAGAAGAUAAGUGUUCUAUGUUAAAAAAAUGUGACAGACUAUUAUAGGCUUUCAAAUAUUUAAAGAACUUAUUGGGCAUAAGAAUCUUGUGUUUAAUAGUUUUCAUAACCAUAAUUUUGAUGGACAGCAUAUUCAUGUUUAUUCUUAUCUAUACUUAUAUGCUUGUUAAAACAUUUUUUUUAUAAACCAC